CUUUGACAACAGUUCGUUCUGGACCAAGGCUUCGGUCGCACCUUCGCUCCACUUCCGUACAACCCAAGAUGGCGGAGCCCGUGAUUGAAACCAGAUUCAAGAUGGCGGCUUCCGGCUUCCCCGCAGAACUGCGCACGGGCGCCGAGGCCACGCCCACUUCCGGCUCCUGCGUCGCAGCAUGGCCGCUUUAGGGACUCUCCUUCAGAGUGUUCGGAGGCUGCAUUGCAGCGCGUUGGCUCGGGCGGGCGGCCAGUGGCGACUUCAGCAGGGCCGGGCUGCGAACCCCUCUGACUACGGGCCGCUCACGGAGCUCCCAGACUGGUCUUUCGCCGAGACGUGUUGUGCUGCUGUCACAGGAAAUGGAUGCUGGAUUACAGGCAUGGCAGCUCCGGCAGCAGAAGUUGCAAGAAGAAGAAAGGAAGCAGAAAAACACUCUUAAACCCAAAGGAGCUUCACUGAACAGCCUGCUUCCAUGUCAAUAAAAGCAAACCCUGCCCUCUU